CGAGCCCCGCGCCCGGAGGCUCCGAGCGAGCGGCGAUUGGCUGACGUGGUGGUGGCUGCGCCUCCGGACCGAGUACAUUCUUUAAACUACUGGUGAUCAUCAUCUAUUAGAAAAAAUACUAGGUCUCGUCAAGCGUGACUACAUAGCUAAUCCAAAAGUAAAUGAGGAACUUAGAAAAAGACUGCCAACUCCAGAUCAACAUAUUUAGAGAAAAUUGGAAAAGGAGCAGCUUACUACAGCUUUAUUUGAGGACAUUUUAAAGAAUACAGGGCUCUAGCUGUGAGCUUCAAAUCUUAGAGUAAAAACCAAAGACCUUGCCAGAGCAAACAAGAACAGAAGUACAAAUGGAGGACUGGUCAAAAGAUAUAGCCCACAUUCAUCCUGAGCAGGAGAGUACGGUGGGAGACACAACUGCAGAGUCAACUGAACAAUUGAAUAUGAAUUCCGAUGGAAGCAUGCAUCAGAAGCCCAGUGAAUUCAUAGAUCAAAUCCCAUAUGAGGACGCAAAACUAAAAGGGCAGAGUUCAAGGAAUUUUCAAGUCGUCAGUUCUUAUCCAGAUGACACGGAAGAUUCCUGUAAUAUGGAGAAGUGCAACAUUAUAGAACACAGAAACGGUGAUCUGCAUCAUGAACAUAUGAUUCCUUGUCAAAUUAGUUCAGAUGUAAAUAAUGAAAAGACAAUAGCAUUUCUUCUAAAAGAAUUGGAUAUUCUCAGGACAAACAAUAAAAAGCUUCAAGAAAAAUUGAUUAAUGAAGAUAAAGAGCGGAGAAAACUAAAGCUGAAGCUUGAACUGCAAGAGAAAGCAACAGAAGCUAAAAUUGCUGAGAAGACAGCAGCUCUGGUUGAAGAAGUGUAUUUUGCACAGAGGGAACGAGAUGAAGCUAUUAUGUCAAGACUUCACUUAGCCAAUAAGGAGAGAGAUGAAGCAAUAGCACGAGCCCAGCGUAUGGAAAUGUCUCUUAAAGAGCUAGAAAAUAUUAACCCUGAAGAAAAUGACAUGACAUUACAGGAAUUACUGAACAGAAUAAACAAUGCAGACACAGGGAUAGCUAUUCAGAAGAAUGGAGCUGUAAUUGUGGAUAGAAUCUACAAGACCCAGGAAUGUAAAAAGAGAAUAACUGCGGAAGAAAUGAAUGCAGUGAUAGAAGAACGGGAUGCUGCCUUGUCUCAGUGCAAACGGCUAGAGCAGGAGCUUCAUCAUCUGAAAGAGCAGAACCAGACUUCAGCAAACAACAUGAGACAUCUGACUGCUGAAAACAAUCAAGAACGUGCUCUGAAGGCGAAAUUGUUAUCUAUGCAACAAGCCAGGGAAAUGGCAGUUCAACAGUAUGAACAACUUGAAGAGGAAAUCCAAACACUUCGAGUUUACUACAGUUUGCACCAAUCUUUGUCUCAAGAAGAGCAUCUGAAGGAUCAGUUUAACCAUACCCUCAGUACCUAUGAAGAAGCUCUGAAAAGCCGGGAGAGCCUUGUCUCUAUCACUCAACAACAAAAUGAGGAGCUGGCUGCCCAACUGCAGCAAGCGCUGAGCGAGCGAGCACACAUGCAGCUGCAGCUUCAGCUCGCUGUGGAGGCCUCGCACGUGGCCAGCGAGAAAGUUCAGAAGUUGGAAAGGCUGGUGGAGGUGCUGCGGAAGAAGGUUGGCACAGGGACCAUAAGGACAGUGAUCUGACUGAAAAACGACAGUCUGGGGAAGUGAUCACAUCUGGUGACCAGGCAGCUUCAUUCAACGCUGUGUAAACACUAAAGCCUUAACUUAGCAAACAGUUGUUAGAAGUGGGACACUCCAACCACAUUCCAAGCUGAGAUAAAAUCAAAUCACAAAUGUUUAACCACUUUGCUGCUGACUUGAGUUAUUAUCCAAAUAUAUUAACCACAGACUUUUACCGAUGGGUAGCUAUAAGGUUGCAGCUUAUUUUGUAAUUAUUUUAUAGCUCAAUGUCUCUAAAUCUUUUUACUGAGAGACUAUUGUAGAAUCAUGGUGAAGUUGGUUGGGAUCAUAUUUUUCACAUAUGGCCCUUUCUGAAUCAAACAAAGUAAAUAUUGUCUAAGCCUUAAUCCACUGUGUUAGGUCAAAACUUCAGAUACAUGCAUCUUCCAAUAUAGAAUAUGUUCCUAACUCAUGAGGGACCCAGACAGAAGAGUCUCUAUUGUCUUCCUUCAAUGCAUAUAUGUCAUCUUCGCUGGUAUUAAGGCGCAUCACGUAUAAAUGCCAUAGAAUAAAUGUAUAACUUGCUUUAUUAAGAGUUAGACCCAUUAAGUUGUGGUUUUGUUUCACUAUAAACAAUACAGAGUGUUCUCAAUAAAGAGAAGUUGUUAAUGUGUA